AUGAAGUCGUUCACCACUACCACCGCAGCCCUCGCAGCCCUGCUCCCCCUCGUCCACGGCCACGGCUUCGUGACCAGCCCCAACCCGCGUAUGCCCGGCGCUGCCAUGAAAGCCGCCUGCGGCAACCAGGUCGAGAUCAACCAGCAAUCCGACAACUACGGCAACAUCCAGGGCGAGCUGCAAGUCGCCGCUAGCCAGAGCGACUACAACGCCGCCGAGUGCGACAUCUGGCUGUGCAAGGGCUACAAAUUCGCCGACAACCAGGACAACAUCUACUCUUACACGGCGGGUCAGACGAUCGACUUCAAGGUUGACAUCCGCGCGCCUCACACCGGUAUUGCCAAUGUCUCCGUCGUGGAUACGGCGAGCAACACGGUCAUUGGGGAUCCUCUGAUUUACUGGUCUGUGUAUGCGUCGGUCGCUACCGGUGUCACGGCGAAUGAGACUAGCUUUAGCGUUACGAUGCCUGAUAACUUGGGCUCGCAGUGUGCUACUGCUGGUGACUGUGUGCUGCAGUGGUACUGGUAUGCUGAGUCUAUUGACCAGACCUAUGAGUCUUGCAUCGACUUUACUGUCGGUGGUUCUGGUUCUGGCUCUAGCUCCAGCUCCAGCUCCAGUUCCAGCGUGGUCGCUAGCUCCUCGGUUGCCGCUACUACCUCGUCCUCUGCUGCUCUCGAGACUUCUACCCCGGCUGCUGUUGAAACUUCCACUCCUGUCGCUGUCGAGACCACCUCCGCUGCUCAGACUACUACUACUGCCGCUGAGGUCACCACUUCCGACGUCGUCCAGCCUGUGACUACCUUCGCCACCCAGACCCGUCAAUCUUCGCAGCCCAGCAACGUAAUUACCACCCCUAGCAGCGUUGCUAGCACCCUGGCCAUCCCUACCGACAGCGCCCAGGAUACGCUGGACUUUGUCCGGUCUGUGUUCAAGUACUUGGUCGGCAGUAACUAA